AAUCCUGCAAGUUGUGCUUUUCCUUUACCUCUUCCUCUUCUUCUUUUCUUUUUCUUCUUCUUCAAUAGAAAUCUUCAAACCCCAAAAGGAAAACGCAGAGAGAGAGCUGAGACAAAGAGAUAGAGAGAUGAAAGGGUGUGAGCUUUGUGAUGGCGCCGCGAGAAUGUAUUGCGAAUCAGACCAAGCUAGCUUGUGUUGGGACUGCGAUGAGAAGGUCCACUGUGCUAAUUUUCUUGUGGCCAAACAUUCCAGAAGUCUUCUUUGCCAAGUUUGUCAAUCUCCGACGCCGUGGAAAGCAUCCGGUCCUAAGUUUGGGCCCACUGUUUCUAUCUGUGAAUCUUGCUUUUCUUUGCAUAACGGAAAGGAUGGUGAAAUCGAUGAGGAUCUGGACGAGAGCCAAGGAGGAAAUGAGCAGGAAGAUGAAUUUUUAGAUGAUAGUGAUGAUGAGGAUGAUGAUGAUGAUGAGGAGGAGGAGUUGGAGGAGGAGGAUGGGGAGAAUCAGGUGGUGCCAUGGUCAGUUACCUCGCCUUCACCUCCGGUGGCGAGUUCUUCGAGCAGCGAAGAGGAAAUUUCGAGUAGAUUUUUGGGAGCGAGUGCGGCGGCGUUGAAGCGGAUUCGAGAGAAUAAUGCAGAUCUUGAUUCUGAUGAUGAGAAUGGAUGCUCCUCUUCUCAUUUGGGCUGUGGAAGACUAAGCAACGAAGAAGGGAAUUCAAUGGCUUCAUUUAGACCAUUGAAGCAAGCAAGGACGAUCGGUGGCGUUGGAGCUCGAGGUGGUGAAGUAGAAGAUGAUCAUGAUCAUAAUCAUGGUCAAGCAGAGUCAAGAUCAACCGCCAUUAUUGACUCCCUCAAGAGACUCCAGAACGAAAUGGUAUCCAACAGAGAAAGCGCAUCUGCAACCAUUCUUGGCAUUAGCAGAUUGUGCAGAGAUCGCAAUCGUUGAUUUCAAUCCAACUAAGUCUUUCUUUCACCAUUGUAUAACCAUACAUUUCGUGAUCAAUUUUCAGUAAUAUUAAUUAUUUAGUUGCUAUCAUAAUUUGCAAAUCCAGCUCCUUUUUUUUUUUCUUAAAUACUUUUAUCCUUGUAUGAAAUCGUGUGUAAAUGAGAGGGUGCUUGUUUGAUAUUGAA